AUGAAUUCCUCAUGGCUUAAUUUAACAGAUCAAUCAUUAUCGAAUGAAAACGAAUUUAAUUUCAAAUCAACAUCAGAAGAAGGCGAACGUUUCGCUCGUGAAGAUCCAUUAGUGCCAUUUUCAAAUUCAGCUCUUGCUGAUGUAACAACACAUACUGAUCAUCUGUGGUCAUCGAACGAAAAGAUAAUAGAAAGUCCAGGGUUUUCAACAACAACAUAUUUUAUGGCAAAAUCAUCGACACCCGAUGAAAUGUUAAAUGCUUUAUUUCCAAAUGUACUUAGCAAAAACAAUAAAUCAACGGGCGUGCUAAGCCUUCGACGUCAGGACGAUUCACCGUUCAACGAACGAUGUAACACUGUUGUCAAAAAACCAAAAUUUAUGGGUCAUGCGGUGAAACAGUCUAAAUCCGAGAUCAGUCGAUCUCUGUUCGAUAAGCAAGAAACAUGUGCUGAUACAAAAGCAUCAACAAUUGCCACAGCAUCUGAAUUGUUCGAAUCAAAACAAACACAACAUCAUAGUUUUGAUUUAUCGGACAGUUUAUCAAUUUUAUCCAUUCAUGAUAAUAAACAAGAAUGUGAUAUUUCCACGGUUAAUACAGAAACUCAAACUUCAAUAAUAUCACCACCAACACGAUUAUUGGCUACCAAAACUCCUUCACAUGUAUCAUCAUCAGCCUAUUCUUAUCAAUCGAUCGUUUCGCCUCCACAACCACUACAAAAUCAAGCUUGGCCAGUUACAACCUCUUCUCAUUCUCAACAAUCGCCUGUUUUUUAUCCAAUUGUGACUUAUCAGGCAAUGUACGGUUAUCCACCCAAUCCUACUCCAUCCCAUCUGGAAUGUCUACCACCACCACCAGUGCUGUUGUUUAGUGAUAAUAAUAACAGAUUGCGUACACGUUCUACGAGUAGUACAAUGAUCGCAAGUUGUACGGUCACUGUUUACACAUGGGAUAUCGUUGUUGAUGAUAAAAACAUUGAACCACCGACUGACUCACCAUUUGUAUUAAAAGACUCAAAAUACUCCGUAUUACCUGGUGAUUGUAUACAAGCAAAAAUUCUGUUUACGCCAAAAAUUGUUGGUAAUUAUUUAGCAAAAUUAUACGUUCGUUGUAAUAUGUGUACAUCGCCAAAUACAUCCAGUGUUGUCACUGUUGUGGGUGUUUGUCAUGCAGUUAAACUAGAAAAUCAAUCGGAAGAAAACUGUGGUGAAUUUAGCUUUACGUCAAAUAGUGUUGAGAAUGAACAACAACUUACACUUGAAAGUCAAGAUGAAGAACAAUUAAUUAAUAUUGUAUGUCGUUCAAGACCAUUGACUUCCAAUAAAAGUUGUCGAUUAAAAGCUGAAAUACAAAUAAUUCUCGAUGAAGAAUAUCAACCAACAAUUUUAGAAAAACUGAAAUUGCUUGGUUUUGUUGGUCGUGCUGAAUUAGAACUUGUAUCAAAGCAGCCGUGUAAAUUAUUCGUGUCAUCAUCCAUGACUGGUGAAUUUAAUUUGGUCGUAGCGAAUGUUGGUAAUUUAGCCGGUUCAUUUGAUUUUAUGUUUCCAAAAGAUGUUAUGCAUAUGUUCGAAAUUCAACCAGACAGUUGUCUGUUACAACCAUCACAAACUAAAACUUUACUCAUCAAAUAUCAUCCACGAACUAAAUCAUCAUCCUUCACAACAUCGUUAAUUUCAACAAUGAAACCAUUUUGUAAUAAAAAAUCAUUUCCAAUUUAUAUUCAGUUUGAACCGACAAUGUCUGCCGUACCAGUAUUAUUACAAAAUAAUAAUGUAAUCAAUAAUAUCGUUGAUUCUGAUGGGUCUAACGAUAGUUUAACAUGUUCACACGUAUCUGGUACUUCAUCAAUCUCACAAAGUGAUGGUGAUUUAACAUCGACAAGUUCAACACAUCGACAAUUAGAUGCUAUUUUAGAUACGACUAAUCAACUUGGUAUUGAACAAAAUGUACUUAAUUUUGGUACCGUUCAAUUUAAUUCUCUAAAUACGAAAAGUUUAAAAUUAACAAUCAAAAAUUAUAGUAGAACAGACGGAUGUGAAGUUGAUAUAACCGAACCCCAUGCACCAUUCUAUAUUAGCGUUCGUCGUGCUUCAAUAAGAGAAAAAUCAUUUGUUAAAUUGACAUGUAAAUUUCGUCCAAAAAAAGUUGGUAUGUUUAAUGAAAAUGUAAUAUUGACAAUUGAAAAACGAGCAAAUUUUAAAACUACUAUUACCCUAUGUGGACGAUGUGUAGAUAAUGGAGAAGAAUUAGAAAAUAUUGAAAAUGAGGUACGUAACAUGUAA